AUGUUCGCUUUCAACUCCAUUCUAUUCGCCUGUUUCUUCGCUCUAGUCAACUCUCAAAGUGACUGCAAAGGCUUUGGACAAAACUGUGAUAGAACCGUGUUUAACCGUUGCUGUGGUGACCUGCAAUGUGAAUUGAGUAGUCCUUUUCACGGAGUGUGUACUUUCUGCUUGAGCCCGGGUCAAAUGUGCCUACGUGACACCGACUGUUGCUCUGGCAACUGCCGUUGGUUUAAAGCUUGCGCUUGA